UCACUCAGGAUCCACUGCAAAUUGCAAAACACGUUGCAAUUACUAUGCAAAUUUCCCACCUGGCCAGAACAACGUUCUUAACGAGGCUAAGCAGGCUCUGCAACUAUAAAAUGUUGUGGUCAAACUCAGAAUUGUUGCAGUCCAGUUGCAAGCGCUACUUAGUGCACAUGUCGCCAGCUAAAAACUAAUAUAUUAUUCCAGUAGAGUAACGUCAAAUAAAAUGCAUAAUUCAAGCCGUUGGGGAUUAGGAGUCAUGCUCCAGUUCCUGUUGUUGGCAGCCCUGGGCAUUGCCCAUUUGCAAGCCAAGAUAAGGCUGUCUGAGGCUUAUCUCAAUGCUAUCAGUGCGGAUGAUGCAGCCGAGCAGGCAAGUGGAAGUUAUAACUAUGACCAGCAAGGUAGAGAUUGGGAAGGACUCUGCCAAGAUGGCCAGCAGCAAUCGCCAAUUCCUUUGACAUACAAUGAGGCCAUUGUAACCGGCAUACCGCGUAUUCAUUUCUACAACUAUGAUCAGAAUUUGGAGUCACCUUUAGUCCUGACAAAUAAUGGACACACAGCAAACAUGGUAUUGCCGCCCACGCAAAACGGACAACGUGCGUACAUCAAUGGAGGCUUAUUGCCAGGAUCCUUCGAAGCGCAAAGUGUGCACUUUCAUUGGGGUUCCGCCAACUCCAAGGGCUCAGAACACUCUAUCAAUUUCCAGCGCUACGAUGUUGAAAUGCAUAUUGUCCAUAAAAACAUUCGAUACGCUCAUCAAACGGUUGCUGAAGCCAGCGCGUACUGGGAUGGUCUCGCCGUUCUGGGGGUCAUGUUUAGGGCUGUGGAUAGGGCAUUCUCGCAGAAUACUGGACUUCUCAGGAUCUUCAAUCGAUUGCCUCUAAUUAUUCCAUACCAAGCAAACACCACAGUAGCUGGUCGCUUAACUGCGGGACAGUUGCUGGGCAACAUUAUUACUGGAGAGUUUUACUCCUAUAAUGGCUCAUUGACAACGCCCGACUGCGCCGAAUCCGUGACUUGGACGGUCUUCAAGGAUGUUGCCGAACUGCCUAGGCGACAGAUCAUGAAACUCUGGAACUUACAAGAAUCGCGAAUGCGUCCUCUGAUAAACAACUACCGCGCUCUUCAGGAUAUUAAUGAUCGACCCAUUUACUACAGAGCUCUACAAUAGCCAAGUUUAAGUGUUCGACAACGAGAUACUGUGAGCCUCAGCCAAACUGCUGUUGCAAUUUGUUGCAUUGUAUCUACAAAGGCACAAAAAUACACAGACACUCAAUGGCUCAA